AUGGCUACAUCUUCGUUUUCAGAUGCUGGCUCUCAUGAGCUCCAGAAACCCUAUCACGAGACUACUGUCUCCGCUCUUCCCAAUCAGCAUGUUGGCGAAGAAGUGGACGAUGACUACCAUGACUUCAACAGAGGCUAUACCCGUAAUGACCAGGUUGAUAUGGGCCGUAUGGGAAAGGCCCAGGAGCUGAGGAGAAACUAUCGUCCACUGUCUGCAAUAGCCUUCACAGUGAUUCUUCAAGGAACUGCUACUACCCAAGGUCUCACUGAUAGUGGGGUCGCCGGUUUAAUUUGGUCCUUCAUCUGGACCUUUGUUGGUUUCAGUUUCGUUAUGGCUUCAUUGGCCGAGAUGGCUUCAAUGGCUCCAACCUCCGGUGGCCAGUAUCACUGGGUGUCUGAAUUCGCGCCUCCUCGAUACCAGAAGAUCAUGAGCUAUUUCAUUGGAUGGAUGUCAACUCUAUCAUGGCAGGCAGGAACUGCCUCUGGCCCAUUCCUAGUUGGAAAUCUGAUUCAGUCUUGUGCCAUUGUCAUGUAUCUGAGUUACUCACCCACAAAUUAUCAAGGCACUUUGAUGGUCAUUGCUGUCACUGUAAUUGUGUGGGCACUGAACGUUUAUGGCACCAAAACUAUGCCUCUUGUUCAAAAUAUUAUGCUAGUAGUCUAUGUCUGUGGAUUUUUGGCCAUCAUUAUCGUAUUAUGGGUACUUGCACCGCGCAACAGCGCCAAAACAACUUUUACUCAGUUCACCAAUGAGGGCGGCUGGUCAACCAUGGGUUUGAGCCUGAUGGUUGGACAGAUCAGUGCCAUUUACGCCUGCAUUUGCUCUAACGCUGCAGCUUAUAUGUCCGAAGAGAUAAAAUACGCCGGGAUGACCGUCCCCAGGGCUAUAGUAUCAGCUUAUCUCCUCAACGGAGCUCUCGGUCUGGUCUUCCUCAUCUCCAACCCGACCUACUACCCCCAUAUCUGGGUCUUCCGCCAAGCCGUCUCUUCCGGCAGCGUUGCAGCCCUCAACGUAAUUCUAACUGUACUCAUUUUCGCCGGCACCGUCUCCUUCAACCUGUCCACAUCCCGCCAAACCUGGGCCUUCGCGCGCGACCACGGCCUCCCCUUCAGCGCCUGGAUCGGCCACGUCUCGCCCAUACUCCAAGUUCCCGCCAACGCCGUGACGGUCACAUCCGCCAUCACAAUCGCCCUCUCGCUCAUCAACAUCAGCUCCGACGUCGCCUUCAACGCCAUCAUCUCCCUCAACGUCGUCUCGCUCAUGAUCACGCACAUCUUCAGCAUCGGCUGCGUGCUGUACCGCCGCAGCCGACAUCCCGAGCUGCUGCCCAAGUGCCAGUGGAGCUUGGGGCGUUUGCAUGCGUUCUUUUGGUGCUUUUGGCCAAAUGCGACGCCGGUCACGGCGGUGGACUUUAAUUGGGCGGUUGUGAUGUUUGUGGGGUUGGCGGGGAUUGCGGCGGUGGAUUAUGUGAUUAGGGCGAGGCAUGUGUAUAAAGGGCCUGUGGUGUUGGUUGAGGGGUGGAAGGGGGAGUAG